UAGUCAUUAUGUUUUUCACAUGGUAGUAUAUAUUAUUUAAAUUUCUUAUUUACUAGGUAUUUACUAAUUUUAUGUUAGUAUAAAUUAUAAAUUAACUUUUUUUCCUAUACAUUUUAAUAAGUAUAGACAUGUAAGAACGCGUAAAGACGGAAUGCAUAAAUGGCUUUGUACAGUUAAAACGUGUUACGCAAGCAUAGUUACUGAUGCGCAUAAGACUUCUAUUGUAAAUAAUAUUGGUGAACAUACGCAUGAAUCUAAUUCUGAAGUGAAAAUAGAAAGACAAAUUUUGCGAGAAAAUUGUAAAAGACAAGCAGCAGAUGGAAGUUCAACACAACCUAUCAAAAUUAUUAGAAAAGAACUAAUGGAUAGUGUAAGUUAUAAUUUCGAAAUGAAAGACAUUAUUUCUGUUCAGAAAACUAUGUAUGAUAAGAGAAGACAAUCGUAUCCCCUAUUUCCGACUUCGUUAAAUGCUAUACGUCAGUUACAGAAUAUGAAAGAUGAUAAUUGUUGUAUGCUGUUAGAAGAAAAUUUUGUUCAUGUUUCGACUGUAAAAAGUUUAGUUUGCAUUACAAAUAAAGAAAAUUUGCAGUUUAUGAUGAAUUGUUCAGAGCUAUUCGCAGAUGGUACAUUUCAAUACGCUCUUAAACACUUCUAUCAACUUUAUACUAUCCACUGUUAUAAAAAUGGAUUUUAUGCACCGGUUGUUUACUUUUUUUUGCCAAAUAAAACCAAAGAAACCUACCAAAACAUGUGGCUAUUUCUUGUGGACCUGUGUAUGAAGUUGACUUUAAAAAAACUAGAAGUUACUCAAUUCAGACUAGACUUUGAAAUCGGAGCUCACGAAGCAAUUAGAGAUAUAUUUCCGGAUGCGAAAUUGAUGCGUUGCAGAUUUCAUUUAGGGCAAGCCUGGUGGCGUAAAAUACAACAAGAACAAGUAUUAAGAAUUGCUUAUAUGAACGAAAGUGACCAAUUAGGAACAUGGUUAAAAUCAUUCUUUGCACUUGCAUAUCUCCCAUUUACCGAAAUUGAGGAUGGUUUUCUUGAACUAAUGGCUACGUGUCCGAACGAAAAAUAUGGUCAUAUUUUUUCUGACUAUGUACUAAAAACAUAUAUUGAACCAGAAUGUCCAUUUCCUCCAGAAAUGUGGGCUCAAGAACCAAAUACGAAUCCUCGUACCACAGGUGGACCUGAAAGCUUUCAUAAGACUUAUGAUGGACAAUUCUACAGUGCUCAUCCUCCAAUACAUGUUCUUAUUCAAAUAUUGACAGAAACUCAAAUGCAAACCAGAUCGAUUAUACAAUCAGUUAAUAAUGGGAGAGUAAAGAAAAUGGCAAAAAAAGACUUGAAUAGAAUUCAAAAUACAAUAAAGGAUUAUGAUGAGUAUAAAAUUCAUAAAAAUGUUAUUCAUUAUUUAAAAGUAAUAGGUUAUAGAUGUCAAGGAUUCCAAAUUUAAGGAUUUUUAAACAAUUUAUUUACGAUAAUUUUAUUAAAACAAUAAUUGACGAUUUAUUUA